ACUUCCAUAAAUCACACAGACACAGGACAGUGCAGGGAGAAGACACAGGUACAGAUGUACAUUAGAGUUGAGGUUAGAAGUAGAAGUUACUGUAUUUGACCACAAGUUUGUUAAGAUGUCAGAGGGAGUCUAUGAAAACUCAAAACGAUUUAAAGACGAUGAGCCUGAUGCAAUGAAGAACACAGACAUUGAUGGCCAAUUAUAUGCCAACGUAAGAGCCUUCAAACCCAGUACAAGAGAUGGAGUUGUUGCUUCAGUACAUGUUCAGUGGUGGAAGAGACCCUCUGGAGUUGCUGCAGUGUGUCUGGGGCUGCUGUGUGUUCUCCUAUUGGCUGGGAUCAUAGGCCAGGCUGUCUACUACAGCAACAUCUCAAAGAAUUCAUCUGCAGCGAUAGACCAGCUACAGACCAGUUAUAACACCAAAACUAAAGAGACAGGCCAGCUACAGACCAGUUAUAACAACCUGACUAAAGAGAGAGACCAGCUACAGACCAGUUAUAACAACAUGACUAAAGAAAGAGACCAGCUACAGACUGAGAAAGCGUUUCUUAAAAUGAGGCUGACCAAUCUCAAGAAAACCUGCCCUGAAGGCUGGCAGAAGUUUGAAUCCAGUUGGUACUUCCUGUCUACUGAGACUAGAACCUGGAAGGAGAGCAGAGAGGACUGUCUGGAGAGAGGAGCAGACCUGGUGAUCAUAAACAGCAGAGAGGAACAGGAGUUUCUCUUCAACCUCAAGAGGAGUGUCUGGAUUGGUCUGACUGACUCUGAUAAUGAGGGGACCUGGAAAUGGGUGGACGGCACCCCACUGACCACAGGGUACUGGUGUUACCCAUGUCCUGAUAAUGCAGGUCCUACUCAGAACGAGGACUGUGUUGAGAUACGUAAGGACCAGUUUCCUCUAGAGGCAUGGAACGACUUGUCAUGUGACAGCCAACUCAACUGGAUUUGUGAGAAAGCGUUUUAACAUCACCAUGACAACAUACUGUAACACAUACAGCAGCCUACAGUGCACAGAACUUCCUCCUUCAUUUUCUCUCUCUCUCUCUCUCUCUCUCUCUCUCUCUCUCUCACGCACACACAUUGUAUUUGUUUGUAUUAGCAUAUGAAUAAAAGUCAUACUCAUUUCCUGAAAUUGUA